GUUGCAGCAACGCUCCAAUGCGCUAUUUUCCGUCUCAGUCGACGGCCACCAACUCUCAUCCUUCAUACACACUCUGUUUAACAGUUCUCAAAAUAUGGACAACACCGGCACGGUGCCGGCAGUCGCCACUGAGACAAACUCACGAAACACGACAGACAUUAUUUCUGAAUCCAUGUCUUCCGCAAUGCCAGAUCAAGGAGGACCGGAGCUCGUUGCAGCACAAGGCGACAAUGGAGAGGAUGACGGUGACUCAGCCCUCGGAGAAGACUUUGCAAGCUCGACCGCUUCCAUCACCUCCAGUAUUCUCGAAUACCGAAAGUUUCAGGGUCGAACCUUUAAUAGUGAGAAGUACGAAACUGAAUAUUUCGCACCGAAUGAUGAUCGGCAGAAGGAGUCUAUUGAUAUCUCGCAUCACUACCUCAUGUUACUUCUCGACGGCAAGCUUUCGCUAGUCCCUUUGACAGAUGACCUGGAGAAAGUACUGGAUAUAGGAACCGGGACUGGUAUAUGGGCAAUCGAUUUUGCCGACCAAUGUCCCAAUGCCGAGGUCAUUGGCACGGAUCUUUCUCCAAUCCAACCAGAUUGGGUGCCACCAAACGUCAGAUUUGAACUUGAGGAUGCGACUAGUGGUUGGACUUGGUCCGAUAAUAGCUUUAACUUUGUCCAUAUGCGCUACCUUAUUGGCGCUAUUGCUGAUUGGGGUGCGCUGUUCAAAGAAGCAUUCCGCUGCUGCAAGCCUGGGGGCUUUAUCGAAUCUGUCGAGGUCAAUCCUAUUUUCCUCAGCGAUGAUGAGACAACUAGCGACGUAAUGGCAGUGCAGACAUGGAACAAGCUUUUCAAAGAGGCGAGCAAAGCUUUUGGUCGCAGCUUCUGCGAGAUCGAAGGAGACGUACAGCUUCUUGCUGCUGCUGGAUUUGUUGACCUACAAGUUACUGACUUCAAGGUUCCUGUUGGCGGGUGGGCUAAGAACCCCAAGUUACGUGAAGUCGGUCAGUUCCUUCGCGCAACGAUAGAAAACGAUCUUGAAGGAUACACCCUCAUGGCGUGGCAGCAGAUUUUGGGAUGGCCCAAAGACGAAUAUGAGGUGUUUCUGAUGGAGAUGCGAAAAUCUCUCAGAGAUAAGAAAGUUCACAGUUACAUACGCGUUCGAUUCAUAAACGCCCGCAAGCCAGAAGUUGUUUAGAUGAUCAGAGCCUCGAGGUAGGCGAUGCUUUCAUCAAGUUCUGUGACAUACUUUGCAGAUACUGGCCUCUUCUUCUUAUCCAGCUCACGAUACUCGCAUACCUUGCCAGCCUCAGCGCAGCUUUCGCAUGGUUCUGUUCUUGAGCACUUGAGCUGAGUGAUUUAUAAGCGUGGGUUCUUACAAAGACGCCUUAACAGACCUUGCGUUUACACCUAGUCAGCAGUUAGAUAAAAUUUGUUUUAUGGAGAGUUGGACAGCUUACGAUAUUUUCUUGUGCAUACUGUCACUUUAUUUGACCUGAUUGCGGAUAUAUUGGUG